AUGGAGACUGCAGCUUUGGUUGCUCCUGUCACAGCCCUGGAGUUCAUUCAAGACGAGCUUCUGCUGUCAGGUGACGGUCCAGUGUUGACAGUUUACAGUCUUCCAACUUGUCCUAAAAGGACCUCUGCAUUGAUUGUGCUCCAACACCAGAGAAUUCAUGGGAUACGGCCGAGAGAAUUACAGCAAGGAGGUAAUGCACAAUGUGGACAGACCAACACUGUUUACAACUUGGCAGUGUUUGGUGGCAAAGCUUUCGUCAAGAAAGAUUACUGUCUGUUCUUUGCGGAGGUGGGCACCGAUCUUGGAGUCUUUGGACAGAUGAAAAAGGCCACUGGACCGGAAAUGGCGCGCUGGUUUUUAUCAAGCAAGGCGCAGUUUUGGCAUCAGAAAAAACGUUACAGGAAGCAAAUGGCAAAAUUGGUUGGACUCUUCGAGAGGGGGUGCACGGAAGAGGAAUUGGGUGUAUUCACAGGUUAG